GGGAGCGGCGGGCGCGGGGCUCGGCGCUGCCCGCCCGCCGGGGAUGCGCUGAGCGGCCGGCCCGGCUCGGAGCCGCCCCGUGCAUGCUGUGGGGAUACACUGUCGCGAUAAUAAAUGAUAGAGGAUACCAUGACUUUGCUGUCUCUGCUGGGUCGGAUCAUGCGUUACUUCUUGCUCAGACCGGAGACCCUGUUCCUGCUGUGCAUCAGCCUGGCCCUGUGGAGUUACUUCUUCCACACGGAUGAGGUGAAAACCAUUGUUAAGUCCAGCAGGGACGCGGUGAAGAUGGUGAAGGGCAAGGUGGCCGAGAUCAUGCAGAAUGACAGGCUCGGGGGGCUGGACGUGCUGGACGCUGAGUUCUCCAAGACCUGGGAGUUCAAGAGCCACAACGUGGCUGUCUACUCCAUCCAAGGCCGGAGGGACCACAUGGAGGACAGGUUCGAAGUGAUCACCGACCUGGUGAACAAGACUCACCCCUCCAUCUUCGGGAUAUUUGAUGGCCACGGAGGAGAGUCGGCGGCAGAGUACGUGAAGUCCCGGCUGCCCGAGGUCCUGAAGCAGCACCUCCAAGACUAUGAGAAGGACAAGGAGAACAGUGUCCUGUCCUACCAGACCAUCCUGGAGCAGCAGAUCUUAUCCAUCGACCGGGAAAUGCUGGAAAAGCUGACUGUGUCCUACGACGAAGCAGGUACGACGUGUCUGAUCGCGCUCUUGUCCGACAAGGAGCUCACCGUGGCCAACGUGGGGGAUUCCCGAGGAGUCCUGUGUGACAAGGACGGGAAUGCCAUCCCCCUGUCCCACGACCACAAGCCCUACCAGCUGAAGGAGAGGAAGAGGAUUAAGAGAGCUGGUGGUUUCAUCAGCUUCAACGGCUCGUGGCGCGUGCAGGGGAUCCUGGCCAUGUCCCGCUCCCUGGGAGACUACCCCCUGAAGAACCUGAACGUUGUGAUCCCCGAUCCCGACAUCCUCAGCUUUGACCUGGACAAACUGCAGCCAGAGUUCAUGAUCCUGGCCUCUGAUGGGCUGUGGGACGCCUUCAGCAACGAGGAGGCCGUGAGGUUCAUCAAGGAGCGCCUGGACGAGCCGCACUUCGGGGCCAAGAGCAUCGUCCUCCAGUCCUUCUACAGAGGGUGCCCCGACAACAUCACAGUCAUGGUGGUGAAGUUCAGGAGUAGCAGCAAAGCAGAAGAGCAGCAGUGAGCAGAGGCUCCCUCUGAACUCGGCACAAACACAGUAGGAAGCUCGAGUAAAAGCCGCUCCGAUUCCCCGCGGGAGGAGCGGACGCCUCUGCUCUUUGUUCUGUGCUUGACAACAGGAGCAAUACAACAAAUCCAUGCUGAGCAAUGACAGGAAUUCAGUUUGUCCACGUGUCCCUGCCUCCGGUGACCUUGCUGCUGCUCCUCCAAAACUGACUGGAACCUUCCAUUGCACCAUUUUCUUUACGAAUCCUGUGCAGACUUCCCGUUGGAUUCCUCCCCUCCCGUCUCCAAGGUCAGUCCAGGUGCACGGCAGGGUCAGGGCAGUGCUGUUGCUUUUCCCCCAUAGCUGGGACUGCUCUUGUUCCUCAUCCUUUUAACCCACAGUGAUAAGGCUGAAUAGGAAAAGGUUUGUGAUUAUUGGCCUCUUACAUGAAGGAGGAAGAGGAGCCAACUCCCCCCCUGCUGCCACACUCUUGGCUCUCUGGCUUCAUUUAACCUCACCCCCCUUCAACAAAUCCCUGCCAAGCACGUGAGUAGGUAGAGUUACUGAAUUACCUGAAGCCACAUGUUUAUUCAGGCUGUGCAUUACUCUGUAACAAUUCUAGGCCAUAUUGUAUCCAAACCAACUCGUGGUAAACUUCAGCAAAAUACUCUGAGGUCUGACACCUUCUGUGUGAGAAAACAGCUCAGCUGUGAGAGCAGAGUGUCUGUCCUCCACCAAGGAUCACCCCGACCUUAUUUUAUUGGCAUGGACUUGGAAAGCAAUGCAAGGUAAAAUUAAUUUCAUGAGUGACUGUCGGAAAACUCCUCAGAGCAGGGGGUUCCUCAGAGCUGCCUGAGUCAGGGCUGCUCACGUGGUUAUUCCUGGUACCAACUGCAGAUGGAUUCGUGGUGUUCAUCCCGGGGCACAGCCGUGUUUUGGGAUAAUGUACAAAUGCCAGGCAGCAUCGUUGCACUGUAGAGAUGAAAGCUUGUGUUAAAUCUAGAGAAAAGCCUGCUUAGAUCUAACUUUCAGUAUUUAAUUGUGUUUUGGAACCUGUGGCUGCUGUAAGUUUGAAGGAGGACAGUGUGAGUUUGUUCUGCACGUGGUAACAACUGCUGAGGGACAGGGUGUGUGAGAUGAACAGAACAGGCUGGAGAAUUGUAAUAAUCCUUGGAAUCUCCCUGCAAAAUGUGGUCCUGGACCACCUGCUCAAGGUUCAAGGUGCUGGAGGUUGUUGGUGUUUGGGUCUGGAGGGGAAUCAGGGAUCUGCUGCAUUAACUGGCAUUGCCUGUUCUUGGGUGCUGAGCAGGUCUGGGUCUCUCAAGGAGAAAAAUCAAAGAGCACAAAUUCCUGCUCGAGAGGGAAUUCCUAUCUUAGUCUUUUCAGUUUUGUUCCUAGGUUACCUCUUCCCAAGGAACCUCCCUCCUUUAAUUUGUUGGGGAUAAUCACAGCUCUUAAUUGGAUCUGUUGCCUUUAUCAGUGCUGUCCAAAAUGUGUAGGGGAUCCCUUGGCAGCCUCUGCUCAUCCCAGACUCUGAGUGGAGCCCUUUGACUCUGAAAAGUGAAAAGCAGGAGAGGGAAGUGUCCAGCACUGCUCCUUCCCUGGAGGACGGGAGGCUCCCAACUUUUUUAAUCCCUUGAGCAGUACAUGCAGUGACUUGGCAGUGCAGCUUGGCAGUUCAGUUGAGCAGCUCCCAGGAAACGUUAAAAACUGCAGAGCACUUCAGUUGUUUUACUUUGAGAAGGUGUUUGAGGUCAAAAGGCUGGGAAAUGCAAACUUUGUGUGGUAUUUCCCUGGGAAUGCUCAGUCCUGGAGCCAGCAAUGGCACAGCAGCAGUGUCAGAGCUCCAGGCAGAGCCUUUCCUGUGUCCUUCACAGGAGAUGUUCCAUUGCACCAGCUCUCCUUUGGAGGACACAGCCUGGGGAGCUGCCCAGGGAGAAGGAGAAUCUGACCCAGCAGCUCCAAAGGAGAGGGAUGUUUGUGUAGCAGAGGCAUCACCUUCAGGGGAGCUGGGGGAGUUGGAACUGCAAUGAUGGUCAGCUCCCAAAAAAAACAUAGUAGAUUAAAAGCACUGGAGUGAAAGCUGCUGGCUGCACUGAGCCUCCUGCAGCUCCCACUCCUGAGGUGAGUGAGAAUCCCUGAGGGAUCUGUGACCUUUUCCUGAGCAUCCCUGAGGGAUCCAUGACUUUCUCCAGAGCUUGGCUCGCUGGCUGUGCUCCAGCACUCGUGACAGACAGGAAGACAAGGUGGAAGGAAUUCCCAGCCAUGAGGAGCAGUGGGAGGGUGGCUCACUCUGGAAGCCAGCCCUGCUCACAGGAUUUAGGAAAACAGUGCAGUGCAGUACAGAAGGGGUUUGCCUGGAUGUUUAUUCCAGGAUCAUUCCCUCUGUCACUCCCAGCCCCUCCAGGCAGGCACCAGUCAGCCCUGCUCCAACCUUCAAGUGUCUGCAGCUGCAGCAAGAGCUGCUGGAGCACCUUCAGCUUCCUCUGCAACCUCCUCUCCCCCUCCCUCAUCACUGUCCUGGCCAUCCAGGCCCAUCAUCUCUGUUGAGCUGGUGACUUUGGCUUUUAUUACUUUAAAAAAUGAGUUUCAGCUGCUUUAGGUGUGAAGCUGAAGGCCUGAAGGAGGUGAGAGGCUUUGUGUGCUCUUUCACCUCCGUGCUCUGUGCCUGCCUGUGCUCCCUGCUGCCAGCCUGCAAAGCUUUUCAUCCAAACCUAGACGUGUAGAAUUUUGCUGAUUUGUGCCAAAUUCUGUCGUGACACAGCUGUGGGACGAUAAGGUUGAGUAAUGUACCUUUUGCUGAUGCAACCUGAACAAUCCAGGGUUCUCCCACUGCCUUAACACUCCAUCCUCCAGCUGGGAAGGGUUGCCAGGUGCUGUAGCCAGAAAUAUCUGCCGUGGCAGAAGGGGUUCCUCCCUGCUGCUCUCCUGCCUGGGCACCUCUCCAAAAAAAAGAGCUGCCUUUUGGUGGCAGUGGCCAGAACACAGCUGGGAGCUCCUCUUGCCAUGGAAGUUUUUUGUAGCCCGAGCCCGAGUGGCUCCGUUGGUGACAUCUGUUCCCUCGGGAAGAGCCUCCCGUGGCACAGAACUGAGGGACUGAGUUGCUGCCAAAGAGCAUCUUUCCCGUGGUCCAAUGUGACAAAAUGUACCUUGUUCAUUAGUUCAGCUGGUCCAGUGCUUAAGGAAUUGGGGCUGUUCCCAGGGAUGUCACAAGCUCCCAGUUAACUCACGUGGGACAUUUUAAUGUUCAGUGAUCAGGAUUGGGAUCAUGGAUUGCCAUGGAGUUCACCACUCUGAUUAUACACUGGGAGGGGUUCAGACAGGCUGAUCCUUCCUAGAAUUCCUGGAAGGGCUGGGACUUUCCCUGCUUCUCCCUCCGGGGCUGGGGUUGGUGGCACUGUGGCUCCGUCUAGUGGCCUGAGCCCGCCCUGGGAAUGGGAACGCAGCAGCAUUCCCUCCAAUUCCACAGCGGCUCUCUCAGCCCCUGUGGCAAAGGGGAGGGAUUUAAAGUCCCCCCUGUCCCUUGUCCCCCAAGCUGGACUCAGGAAUUCGUUGCUCACCUCAGGGCUGGCAGGAGACACCGUUUUAUUUCACACCAAACCGAUCCCACUUCUUCUUCUGUUGCACCACCCAGCACCAGGCACAGGGAUCUCAUCCCACAGGGAGGGGUGGCACAGGUGGCACUGGGAUGGUGGCAUCACCUGUACUCCUAAAAUGUCUAAAAAUACCCAAUUUGACACGAAUGAGCCAGUUUUGCUGAUAGAUUGUCUAGAUUAAUAUAAAUAUGGCAAAUGCCAUCCAGCAUCAUGGACUGUCCACUGACUGUGGGUGCUGCUGCUGUUCUUACAGAGUUAAACCAUUUACAGAGGUAAAAGUAAAAUAUUGCGAAGGUUUUCAAAUCCAGAAGUUGGAACUGAAGUGCUGCACCAGCCUGAACAGUGUUUGCUGCAGAAACACCAAUGCCACAGCCUGAAAAUAAGGGAUUUUGUGUCCAGCUGUCUCUCAGGAUACAGGACAGCCCUGCUUUAAAUAAUAUGGAUAUAUUGCUAAUGUAGCUGAUACUUAUUUUACCCAGCAAAACAUUUAGUGAGUGAUUAUACUACAGAAAAAAAAAAAAAAAAACAAACUUACCAGCCUUUCAUUUUCCAAAGUAGGAAAA